GCCUGGGCAAGCGGCGGCCCGGUGCCAUCUCGCCGGGCGUCUGCGGGCUCCGGGGCUCCGGGGCGGGGGCGGCGGCGGCGGCGGCGGCGGAGCAGCCCCCUCCCCGGGGAGGCGGGGCCCCGGGAGCCGUGGCGGCGCGCGAGGAUGCAUCAGAAGCUGCUCAAGAGCGCUCACUACAUCGAGCUGGGCAGCUACCAGUACUGGCCGGUGCUGGUGCCUCGCGGCAUCCGCCUCUACACCUACGAGCAGAUCCCCGUGUCCCUCAAGGACAACCCGUACAUCACCGACGGCUACCGGGCCUACCUGCCCUCGCGACUGUGCAUCAAAAGUUUGUUUAUUCUGUCCAAUGAGACAGUUAACAUCUGGAGCCAUUUGCUGGGCUUCUUCCUCUUCUUCACCCUGGGCAUCUAUGACAUGACAUCUGUGUUACCGUCGGCCAGUGCAUCCAGAGAAGAUUUUGUGAUUUGUUCCAUUUGUCUUUUCUGCUUCCAGGUCUGUAUGCUUUGCUCUGUUGGCUAUCAUCUUUUUUCCUGCCAUCGAUCCGAAAAAACCUGUCGAAGAUGGAUGGCACUAGAUUAUGCAGGAAUUUCUAUUGGAAUACUGGGUUGCUAUGUUUCUGGAGUUUUUUACGCAUUCUAUUGUAAUAAUUACUGGCGGCAAGUGUACUUGAUCACCGUGCUGGCCAUGAUCCUGGCAGUGUUCUUCGCGCAGAUUCACCCCAAUUACCUCACCCAGCAGUGGCAGCGGCUCCGGUCCAUCAUCUUCUGUUCUGUGUCGGGAUACGGACUGAUCCCUACUCUUCACUGGGUUUGGCUCAAUGGAGGAAUUGGUGCUCCCAUUGUUCAGGACUUCGCACCCCGUGUUGUUGUGAUGUACGUGAUUGCUCUUCUUGCUUUCCUAUUCUACAUUUCCAAAGUUCCAGAGCGGUACUUCCCAGGACAACUAAACUACCUCGGAUCCAGCCACCAAAUAUGGCAUAUCCUUGCAGUAGUCAUGUUAUAUUGGUGGCAUCAGUCAACAGUGUAUGUCAUGCAGUACAGACAUAGCAAGCCUUGUCCUGACUAUAUUUCACAUUUGUGAAUUCAGGUAUGGCCACCUGGUGUAUUCAGUUGAUAAGCAAUAGAUAACGGGGAGUUGUGUGCCCCACUAUUUCUACGUCUCCUCUUAGUUUAGCCUUUUUCCUAUUGUUAUGUCAUGAGUGAUGCUUUAUAAAAAUGGAAAAAAUGUCCUUGGGAAUCUGUAAUAGUAACUUUUGGGGUCCCUUGAAACUACUUAUUUGCUGCUUGUACAGAAAGUGAAAAUUAGUUGGCAUUCACAGGAAACAGCUGAAUAACAACAGUGAAUGUGAAACCAGUCUAGACAAAGGAUUUGUUUUAUUAACACCAGCUUCCCUUAUAAAACGGAGUCUUCCUAUGUGAUUCCUGUAUUGGAACAUGAUUAAUAGACGGUAUUUACAAUAGUUAUCAAGUUUAAGUGCCUAAUGAAGGCCAGGGUUGCUGUAGCCUAUGCUGAAUAUAACUUAGGAGAGUGACUUUGAAUAACCAUGAGCCUUUAAAUACAAUUUUGGUGAGGACCUGGCACUUAGGCUCUUGGCUUUAGCUGUUUUACCUGUAGGUUCUCUUCUCCUUAGAUACACUGGAUUUUUUUUUUUUUUAUGUUCCUAAGAACAAAAUCUUGAAACCUCUUCUCCCUGAGGUUGAGGAGCAUUGAGGGACAACUUGCAGUAACAUUUUCCAUCAAAUAAUCACUUUAGAAACUUGACUGUGUGAUCAGGCAACACUAUUUCAAAUCUACAGUUUAAUUCCACAUAGUCAUCAAACUCCUGGUCAUGGGCUGCAGUUUUGGUUCCAAUAUUCCGGUCACAGAAGGUUUUUACCUCUGAAUUUGCAGCCCUAAUUUUCCUGGUGUUUUUACCUAUAAGACCAUAGAACCCAGUUGGCCCAGUUCGGACCCUGAAAUGAACCUUAAAGCCUUAAGGUUUUCAGAUGCCCUAAUUGGUGACAUUAGCCACUAUUCCUGCAUGUAUUAGCCUCAUGUUGGUAAUUAUGGUAGUGGUAUUCACUGAUAGUUGAGUCUGAAACAUUAAAUUUGCUUUCUGUUGUAUCCACUUUAAAAAUAGACCUCACCACCUUCUGCCAUAUGCAGAACAUUCAUUAUUUGGUUUGUUCAUAUGCAUAAAUUAAAUCCUUUAAAGACUUUCAUGUUUAUUGAAAUAUAAAGUACCAGGUUACUGAGUUAGUUGCAACUAUUUUAAAUACUAAUAUAUUGCAAGGUCAUUGGAAUUAUAAAAUAUCAAAAGUGUUCAUUGGUGGUGAGGCCUGUUUCCAAAGUGAUAUGUGUACAUCUGACAUUUGGAAUGUUACUUUAAUGUGCUGCAGGUUAUACAUCUGUAAAAAUUGGUUUUUUGGAGCAAGAAUUCAGGGGGCCAAGAGGAACAUCCCCUGUACACAGCUGACUGCAGCUUGAAUCCUGUACACUGAGCACAGACUCAGGAAAAAGCCCUAACCACCUCAGGCAUAGCUCCAAAGCAAACAAAAUUAGCUUUUUCUUUUCAGUGUAGUUUUUAGAUUCCACAUGCAAGAUUAUACUACACUACUGUGAUGAACGCUAUUACGGACAGUACUUUGAAAACGCCAUUUUUACUUCAUCAGACCACGAUAUGCCACAUUCUAAGUGACAUGAGAUUCUGCUGUAAUAGUAAUAAUAAUAAUACGCUCUAUUUCCCCGAAAAUAUCUAAUGGCUUAGAUGAAUGUUGCUUUGAAUAGGUAUUUUGGCCAAACAAAAUUAUUACUGAGUAGUUUUAAUUAAUUUUUAAAAUGGAGAAGCCCAGUUAAUUUGGGUCUGGCUCCAUUUUUUAAAAUGAAAUAUAAAAAUAAAACUUAAGGUUAAUUUUAUUUUGAUUUUUUGAAAAAUAUUUUUUUGCUUUUUCCAUUAAAUGAGUCAGUAUUGCCAUCUGAAUGAGACAAUAUGUGUUUGACAAAAGGCAUGCAGUUCUGGCUCUAGGGGAGAAUUAUAUCAUGUAAACAUUUUGACAUUUUGUAAUUUGGUGAAGUGUUGAGUAUUGUAAGAAAGCUUGCCUUUCAUCUUGAUCUCUGAAGUAGGGGAUGGAUGAACAUGAACUACUGUCUGUCAGCUAUUAACACUCCCAUGUGUGCACAUCAGUUCUGGCAAAAUUUUAACGUCAACAUUGAAAGCUAUUUUAUAAUUGUUGCCCACAAAUCUUGAGCCUCAAUAUAUAUUUAUUUUUGUUUUUCUAGAUUCAGUAAAGACUGAAAGUAUGCUAUCCCACUAAAAGACUAGUUUUAGCUAAACCAGUGUGUAAACUCUAGACUCUUUACCUAUAGACUGUGCAACGACAUUUUAAAAUCAUCCCUGGGUGUUUCAAAUUGAUCUUAGUGACUUAGGCUGUAGUUAACUCAUUCAAGAGACAAAUACAAAGUCCUUUUCAAAUAGUUAGAUGAUUGCCUGUUUUUGUUCGUUUUGUUUUGUUUUUUUUUUUUUUUUGCUAUUACACUGAGUGCAAUUCUGUAAGAUGCAUGGAAAAAAAUAUGUAUUGUGUAAAUAAAUUGGG